CGUAAGCCUUAUAUCUAGAUGAAAGGACUUACUAAUACACAAAAAGAAAGAAUUUUAUCAUAAUGACUUCACAGGUAAUUGAUUAACAUAUUUUUUAAUGUUCUUUUUUUUAGCUUGCAUGGAUGCAUAAGGGAUUUUUUCUCACAAAUAUUUAAGCUCUUAACAGACCUUUUCAUUCUUGAAGAAAAAAGUGUGCAGACACUUUGUCACAAUGGCACUUGAUACUGAGUUUGGUGUGAAGAGCAGCAGCAUCAUCAGAGAAUGGAGUGGACAGCUCCAUCCUGCUCUGGUUGCCUCGUUUGUUUUCCUCUUCUGUCUGGAAGCCUGUCUGUGGGUCAGAAACCUCAGGCUCAAGAGAAGACUCCCAGGACCCUUCGCCUGGCCUGUGGUGGGCAAUGCCAUGCAACUGGGCCAGAUGCCGCACAUCACCUUCAUCAAACUUGCCAAAAAAUAUGGCAACGUGUACCAGAUAAGACUGGGCUGCAGCGACAUUGUGGUUUUGAAUGGAGACCGGGCAAUUCAUCAGGCUCUAAUACAGCACAGUGCAGAGUUUGCAGGGAGACCAAACUUUGUCUCUUUCCAGAUGAUUUCUGGAGGCAGGAGCCUGACAUUUACUAAUUACGGCAAACAGUGGAUAGCACACAAGAAAAUCGCUCAGUCCAGCCUCAGAGCCUUUUCCUCUGCAAACAGUCAGACCAAAAAAACCUUUGAGCAGCACGUUAUGGCCGAGGCCACAGAGCUGGUGCAAGUAUUUUUGAGACAGAGCUCUAAUGGACAGUAUUUUCACCCAGCUUAUGAGUUUACAGUAGCUGCUGCUAAUAUUAUGUGUGCCCUCUGCUUUGGGAGGCGAUACGGACAUGAUGACCUAGAGUUCAGGACCUUGCUACAGAGAUUGGAGAAGUUUGGAGAGACAGUAGGGGCAGGUAGCUUGGUAGAUGUCAUGCCCUGGCUUCAGUCCUUCCCUAACCCUGUUCGCAGUAUCUAUGAGGACUUCAAAAGCCUCAACAAGGAGUUUUUCACUUUUGUGAAAGAUAAAGUGGUGCAGCACAGAGAGUCCUUCAACCCUGAAGUGACCCGGGACAUGAGUGAUGCCAUCAUCAAUGUAAUUGAACAUGGAGAAGACAGCAGACUGACCAAGGAAUUUGUUGAAGCUACUGUCACAGAUCUGAUUGGAGCAGGACAAGACACAAUGUCAACUGCCAUGCAGUGGAUUGUCCUUCUCCUGGUCAAAUACCCCGACAUUCAAGCCAAACUGCAGCAGCUCAUAGACAAAGUAGUGGGCAGAGACAGACUGCCCUCAACUGAGGACAGAAGUAACUUGGCUUUCCUGGAUGCCUUUAUCUAUGAGACCAUGCGCUUCACCAGCUUUGUCCCAGUCACCAUCCCGCACUCCACCACCUCAGAUGUCACUAUUGAGAGUCUCCACAUCCCCAAGGACACAGUGGUCUUCAUCAAUCAGUGGUCUGUCAACCACGACCCUCUGAAGUGGAAGGACCCACACGUCUUUGACCCCACACGAUUCCUGGAUGAAAAUGGGGCCCUGAAUAAAGACAAAACCAACAGUGUGAUGAUUUUUUCAUCAGGUAAAAGGCGGUGCAUUGGUGACCAGAUUGCCAAAGUGCAGGUGUUUUUAUUCACAGCGAUCCUCCUACACCAGUGCAGCUUUGAAAGCGACCCCUCUGAGAUUCUCACUCUUGACAGCUCCUACGGGCUCACGCUAAAGCCCCUCCGAUACAGUGUGAGCACCAAGCUCAGGGGAAAGCAGCUUGGCUUAGUUUCCCCUGCAUGAACAGCAUGCCCCCACAUAAUGUGACUCCCGCAAACAGUUUACCACCAAUGACACUUAACAGUGAGUAUCUAUGUACCUGCACUAAAUGGUUUUGUUGUGUUUCAUAUAUUUAAAAGGAAUAUUUAAGUCAUAUCUUACCAUGGUCUGUGUUGAAUUUGUUGUUGUGCAGGAUUUAGAAAAUAAUUUCAAAGGUGUCCGCUGCAAAUAAAUUUAAACUUGUGGACUUUAGGGAUGCGUUGAAAGUAUUACAUUUAUUCACAAAAUGUUAUACUUGAUCAGAUUUUGUAUAUAAGUCCAGGUUGUGUGCGUGUUUUACUUUCACUAAUUCAGCAUGAAGAUAUGUGUGCAAAACACAGCUACACUUAAGCUAUUAUAACUAUAUAUGAACUACUUGUGAAUGUUGAGUCACUUGAUGGCUUAUUGUUCUCAUUUAUUAUGUGUAAAAAAAUAUAUUUUAACUUUGCCAUGUAAUUCAUAUUUCAGGUAUGGAAAAACGAUAUUUAAGUUUAAUCACUAUCUACUGUACUCAGUGCAUAAUAAAAUAUUAAAUAAAGCAUUUGAUCAAAAGAAAAGAAAAAUUAGCAUGACUAAGAUGGGCAGCAAGAAAGAAUAUGUCGUCAUGGAGCAACCCUCACUUUUGAAAGGAUAAGGAUGAGACAUCACCGUGGAGCAUGAAAAACUGUGUGCAUCCAAGAUUCAUUUAAACUGUACAAGCACUGCAACUACCCCCAUGCCAAACACAUCUCACCAGUACAACAAAACACAUGUGCAGCACGUUCCUCUCACUUAAAAGGCACUCUCAAAGCCAUGUUUGUUUACAGUACCUUUUGCAACGCUUACAUGGAUGUCAGUGCACUCUCAUUAAGCCUCUAUGUUCAGGAAUUAAUGUUAUAAUACUCAAGAGAUGUGUUUUUCAGUCUGUGUCAAGGCAAAAAAUGUAAACUCAGAAGGUCUUGAAUGUUAAAGCAUUCAAUCUGUGAUGUCUGCUUUCACAUUCAAGGCCCACUGAGGCUUUGUACCAUGGAAAUAUAAGCUGUAUUUGAAAUGAAUAAAGUUAAUUAUGAA